CGGGGUGAGUUUUAUAUGGGCUAUUCCUUUUCUGUUUGGGGAGUGUCACAUUGCUGUGGGGAGGCUUCCAGUCCCGGUUCAGGAUAUACCCCACAGCCACCCAUAUCAGCUCUGACACCACACACAGACAGACAGAAAGCAGGACACUCAGAUCUACAGCAGCAGCGUAUUGCUGCCACACCAGAAACAAAGGGCAUGAUAAUGUUCAUGCAGUCAGGCCUUGAUGACGUGACCAAGCAGAGAAUGUUACAGGCUCAGAUGCUGUCUAAACACGCCAGAGGAGGGCGUCUGAAUCUGGGGAAGAAGGUCAGCGUUCCAAAAGACGUGAUGAUAGAGGAGCUCACCCUCCCGUCCAACCGAGGCUCUCGCAUGUUUCAGGAGAGGCAGAGGCGGGCUGAGAGAUUCACGCUGGAGAAUGCGGCCAACAGUGCUCACAAAGCCAUGAGUGCCCACCCAGUGGCUGUUCCCCCCCCACAAAUCAUCCAAAAGCCUCAGGGAGGAAAAGAGAACCAAGCUUUCUCUAACCCUGGUAAGCAUAGCCUGGUCAUGAACCUUAAGAAGACACUAGCAAAGAAGGGCAGUCCUGAUGUCCUCGCUCCAGGAUAUUCUGGCCCACUGAAGGAGAUUCCCCAUGAGAAGUUCAACACAACGAUGGCUCCCAGAUCUUACUGGUCUCCAUGGAGGGAAGCUUUGCGCUACAAUGAGGAGCUUCUGGAACCCCUCAAUGCCCAGUUGCCCUUACCACAAAAAUAUCAGCUUGCCCACUACAGGUGCUUCAACAGGUCUCCCAUGCCUUUUGGAGGCACACUGUCCAGCAAGAGGGUGAUCCCCAUUAUUAGCUUUGAGGCCCAGGAAUCCCAAAACCUGCCCGGUGCUGCUUUGGACCGCAUGUGUCAUCGGCCCAAUUUCAACAAAGCACCCAGGGGAUGGGAACGUCAUCACUGCCCUGAAUCUAAUGAACUAUGAAAAAAUGACUAUUAGCUUAAGACUGUCAUCCCUCUGUUAGUCAGCAGCAGCAGCAACAGCAGGGUGGAGGUGGGGGGUGGGGGCGGAACAGAGUGGUAGCAGUAGCUGAGGCUCAGUCAGGAAUAUGAGAUAUAUGAGAAAGGAGAAUUAACAAAUGUAUGGGAAUAAAUAAAAAUCAGGAUUUAAAUUUAAUAAAAUUACCACCCCAUUGUAA